AUGAUGAACCACCAGAAACGUGUGAUCUCGAUGGAGGAGUAUAUGUUCGAUAUCGAAGAGUUCUCGGAAAUCCGCAACUACCAUUUCCAACUCGCGGACGGUCUUGAUCUUCUGCUCUGUGAUACCAAAGUACAAAACCACAUCGAGUUUCCCCUGCAAAUCGAAAGCUUGAAGCGGUCAGGUGCCUUUAUCAUCUUACACGCAAACGAAAACUACAAUAAAUUUACUCGCCGCCUUGAAGACGUCAACGAGGAUAUGCUUGUGCUCACCUCUUACAUUGUUCGUCACCUCUAUCUCGACGAAGAUUGA